CACACACACACACACACACACACACACACACACACACCGUGCUCGUUAAUAUGCUCCAGAUGCCUUUACAGAAAACGCGCGUGUGCAUGAUGUGUGGAUUGACUUUUCUCUUUUGAAUCACGCAGAUGUGAAUCUAUCUUCCUGUCAUCGACAAAACAACACGAUUAUGGCGUUGUGUGCAAUUUCAGAACACGUGGGAAGCGUAUAGGCUGGCGGCUGUGCGCCCGUCCUCCCUGUGAUAGAGAAGCGCGGCGGUGGUGCAUCGGUGAAAAUGAGUGAGAGGUGCAGAGGAGACAAUCAAUGAAGACCGCGAGGGCUCCUGUGCGUUUUAGGCAAGGUCAGAGUCUAGCCUGUAUGAGAUUAUGCCCAUGCGGGAACAACAAGGAAUGACUUUUACGCUUCCUCACGAGGGAAGAGGUCACCUGGGGAUGUCCCCUAAAAACCAAGAGUUGUUUUCUCUGUGUUGGAUUGAAGAGGCAGCGAAAAUCCCUCCAUCUGCAUGAUCAUGGUUGAGCUUUAUUUUUGACAACCUUCAAGCUGCAUGGCUUCUUUCUUUUCUCACUCAGCCCGGAGAUAAAGUUUCUUCGCUCUGCUCGACUGGUGGGGGAUUUAUUCGGCCACCGAUUCGUUUAAUUGCACCCAGUUAAGGUGAUUUAGAGGCUGCUGUUUAAAAGAAGGCGGUGGGGGCAGCGGUGGAUUAAAUUCCAUCAGAGCAGCAUCAAAACAGCGGCGGCCAGCUGUGUUUCUGGACGGUCACAUCUGUUGUUGUCGUCGCUGUCCAUGGUGCUGAACUCGUGCUCCAGGAAUGGUGGAGACGCUGAGUAUCGCAGUCAUCGGUGCUCCCGGAGUGGGGAAAACUUCUAUAAUCCGCCAGUUCAUCUAUAACGAUUUCUCGGAGGUGUACACACCGACCAGGACCAGAUAUGUGUACAGACCCUCCGUCAUCCUCAACGGGAACAUGUAUGACCUGAAGAUUUUGGACGUCCCGCCAAUCUCCUCCUUUCCAUCCAGCUCCAGUCAGGAGUGGCUGGAUUUGCGCUGCAGAGGUGUGCGCAAUGCCAACGCCUACAUCCUGGUGUACGACAUCUGCUGCGUGGAGAGCUUUGAAUACGUCAAAAUGAUCAGACAGCAGAUAGUGGAGCACAGGGAAGGCAGCAGUAGUGAGGUGCCGAUCCUGGUGGUGGGCAACAAGAGAGAUCUGCAGCGGCAGCGCUUCAUGCCUCGCAGGGCGGUGUCAGUCCUGGUGAAGAAGACCUGGAAGUGCGGUUAUGUGGAGUGCUCUGCCAAGUUUAACUGGCACAUAAUCCUGCUCUUCAAAGAGCUGCUGGGCAUCGCCGUAGCACGGGGCAUGCGCCAGAACCACACCUCCAUCCGUCUGCAGGGGGCGCUACAGAGGAACCGCUGCACCAUCAUGUGACCCAGAGAGCUCCCGCCACCCUCUCACCUCAGGAGUGGAGCGGCAGUGGAGAAAAAAGGACUUUUGAUCUAAAUGGCUGGAAAAAUACCCUGUGGCCUGCUGCUUUACUGAGCUGAUAGGUUUAUUAGUCUUGCGCUGUAAAAUACACUCAAAUUUCACAAGUGAUCAUCCGACCACUUCCUAGUCAGAUCCUGCCAAAUGUGUUAAUGCAAGGAAGGAGGUAGGAGAGAGACAGCGUGAAAGUGAAAACCAAUAUGACUAGCAUAGCACAGUUAUUUUUUCUCUCAUCAACUAGACAUUUGAACUAUAACUAUAACUACUCAUUUGAGGCUUUGCUUCCCAAAUUACCAAACCCCAGGUCUCUUUGAGGGUUGUCUUGUGGCUAUAGCUGGGCCUGACAAAACGGAGAGGCAGCAAUAUCAUUGAGUCUUCCUUUUGAAUUUGUCAUAUUCAGUAAGGUGAAGAGCAGACGCUCAUAUCUGACAUUUUUGGAUUUGUUUGAGGGUUAAUGGUCAACAAGAUAGUAUAAUACAGAGCAAAAUAAUAGCUAAAGCUUUACUUCUGGGGGGAUUAUCUUGAAAUAGAUAUGAUUAGAUUGUGUUUUAUUUUAGAUUCUGAGUAGUAGCCUGCAUUUUUUCCCCCGUUUCAACCUUAGCUUACAGUGAGAGAUGUUUGUUCAGGCAAAGGAGGUUUUAAGGUUGUCUAGCAGCAGAAAAUGCUGCAGUCCCUAUCGUGGUGUACUAUGUGGCUUUCAUCUGCUCCCUCCUCUCAUUCAGUGUCUGUUUCUGAUGAAUACGUUAAAUCCAGGAAACAGGGGACCUGCAGGAGGCUGCAGAGCCUGAAACAAGAACCUGUAUGGUUGUUGUCAUGUGGAUGUUUAUAUGUGUGCGUGCGUGUGUGUGUGUUUGUGUGUGUGAGAGAGAGAGUAAGAGAGCAAGACAGAGAGGCAGGUUUGAAAGAUGACAUUCAGGCAAGCAAAGGACAGACAGCAAGAUAAGAGACUGAUGUAGAAGCGUUGGAUUAGGAAGGAGCAAUAAAAUCUCACAGGGACGACUGUAUGACUAUACAGUAUGUACCACCAUAUUAUAUUAAAAAUGCCUCACAUAUAAGUAGACGUAAUCUACUUGUGCUCAGAUAUCCUGCAGAAAUAAAGAAGCAGAUCUUAAAGCUGUGGUAGGCACUUUAUUUUUGCCGUUGUUGGGCAAGAAUUCCAUAAUAAUCUUUCAGCAUAUUGUAAUUUGAGUGAUAUGAGAGAAAACUAGACUUCUGCACAUUCUCUUGGCUCUGUUUCCAGGCUUCAGCUUAUCUAGCUGUCAUGGGUGACUUUGGUCAAUCACAGGUCAUUGAAGAGAGAUAGAGCAUUCCCAUUGGCUGCUCAGCGCAUGCAUUGCCCUUGCGACAAAAAGGGGGGAGGGAGAACUGCUGGAAGAGGUUUCACUCUACUUCCAAUUCUGCCGUUUUUUUUGCAUUCUACCCACUGCAGCUUUGAAGGGGCUGUCCUUGAUAUUCAGAAUUAUAGCAGCAGAAAAAUAUUUGCUAUGUAAAGAUAUAGUGGAGUAAUGUGUCCUAAGCAGAGAAUGAAGUCACACUACCUCUGUGUGUGUUGUAAUCUGAGCUUCUGUGGUCUUUGUUUUUGUAGCCGGUUUGGCCACAUGUGCAUGUUAGUGCAUAUGGCCGUGAAAAAACGUAGGUAUUACACCUAUUCAGGAAUGGUCUGUGAGAGCUGUGUGGAGGUAAUCCCAGCGCGCUGUUGUUUUCUUUCAGUAUUUCGAGUACAGCCUCUUUGAUGACUUCCACAAAACACCCCAUGAGUGCAUCACAGGGAACCUUAAUAAAGCUUUCAUAUCAGUAUUUGAAUAGUAUCUAAUUGGUAAUAUUGUGAGAUUAACAGUUUUUUUUAUUUUUAUUUAAUUAGGCCUAGUUACAGUAGGUAGUUUGUGAACAUGGCUGCACUGAAAGUAAGCAGACCUAUUGUAUAUACUGUAAGAGUGAUUCAUGGAGUAAUUGAUUUGCAUGCUUUUGUUGGUAUAGAGCCAACAGGUCAGGGUUUAAUUGCACUGAUGUGAAAAUUUGAUAUUGUGUUUAAUUUUUGUAAUACAGUACAUGGUUUUCUGACACUGUAAUGAGCAGCUGAGUGGAGUGAAUGUGGUCGUGGCAUGUGAGAGCACAAGCUCAUGAUCUCUCCAAGAUGUAGUGUUGGACCCUUCAAAUCAGGCAGAUGGCUGUGUUUGUUUUUUUCUUGUACAAAAAAAGAAAUAUGUAGCAGCAACUGUGUGUAGCAUGAGUUCUCAUCAGUUUGUCUGUGUGCGUUUCCAAAUAAAAAGGGCUACUGUUUUUUAUCAGAAA